GUCCUGGCAGGUUAACUGUUGGGCUGAGCGGUUUCUGUAUUUUCACAUUGAUUAGAGAUUUAUACAAAGUGUUCGCGCAUUGUACUAUGGGAAAAGAAAACAUCUGGUUGUUGAUCAUCGGAAUUUCUGUUAUUUCAUGCAAGGCUCUGUCAAAUUCAACUGAGACACCUUCUGCAAGUAACACUGCUCACUGGAGAACAGACUUCGGAAACAUCCAGUCCAAGUUCUCACUGAGAAACGCAGAGUUCCCGGAUGAGGAUCUGUGCUACCUCGUCCCGGGAAUAAGAGAGACUAUAUCAGACUGCAGAUUCAAGCUUGAUGCGCAGACCUUUCUGGUGAUCCACGGCUGGUCGGUUGCAGGACUGUUUGAAAGUUGGAUCGCUAAGCUGGUGUCUGCUUUGUUCGAACGCGAGCCCAAUGCCAACGUCAUCGUGGUGGACUGGCUGAGCCGUGCCAGCCAUCACUACCCCACCUCAGCUGAGAACACCAGACUAGUGGGCAGGGAUGUGGCCCAGUUCAUUGACUGGUUAGAGGUUAUAGGCUACCCACUUGAGAAGCUACAUGUUUUGGGGUAUAGUCUGGGUGCACACGUGGCAGGCAUCGCAGGAAACCUCACCAACAACAAAAUCAACAGAAUCACAGGUUUUGACCCAGCUGGCCCAACCUUUGAGCACGCUGACAGGCCAAACCGGCUCUCCCCUGAUGAUGCGAAAUUUGUCGACGUCCUGCACACGAAUACCAGAGGCAGCCCGGACCUCAGCAUCGGCAUCCAGAGACCCGUGGGUCAUGUGGACAUCUACCCCAAUGGUGGCACCUUCCAGCCUGGCUGCAGCCUGCAGAACACCAUGAGGAUGAUCGCUACAUAUGGCUUGCACAACAUGGACCAGCUGGUGAAAUGUUCUCAUGAGCGCUCGGUGCACCUGUUCAUCGACUCGCUGGUGAAUCAGGAUCAGCAGAGUCUGGCGUACCGCUGCAGCUCCAAAGAAGCCUUUUACAAGGGCCUGUGCCUCAGCUGCCGCAAGAACCGCUGCAACAAGCUGGGCUACAACGUCAACAAGGUCCGAACAGCCAGGAGCACCAGGAUGUACCUUAAGACACGUGAGAUGAUGCCCUACAAAGUUUUCCAUUACCAGAUUAAGGCACAUCUCUUUAGCCUUAAUAAUUUGGCCCUGGACAACCAGCCUGUGAAAAUAUCUCUGUAUGGAACUCAUGAUGAGAAAGACAACAUCCCAAUAGUUGUCCCGAGCAUGAUCACCAACACCACCAUCUCUUUCCUGGUGACCUCGGAUGUGGAUGUAGGGGAUCUGCUAAUGCUCAAGAUCCAGUGGGAGAGCGAUUCAUACCUGCCGAGAUUCUUCAGCACCAACCGGUUCCUGAUUCGCAAACUGAGAAUUAAAUCUGGCGAGACGCAAGCCAAACUGAUUUUCAGACCCAAGGAUGUGGAAUUUGGGAGCCUCACUCAGGGCGCUGAUGGUGUGAUCUUUGUAAAAUCCAAUGACAAUCCCCAGAGCAGGAAAGAGGAGAGGUUACACAGGCUUAAAAUGCAUGGCAGCUUCUUCAAGCAGGAUGGAAACGAGACAGCGGCAGACGUGAAAAAUCCAGAAACGCAAACAGAGAACACAGUAACGGCAACCACAAAGAUGGUCACGCAGAGUUCCUGAAGCGGUUGCUGUGAACUUUAAUGCUAUCUGCAAUCAAACUAAAGACUUUGGAGAUAUAAUAAUGUCUAAAAAAAAACGUGUAUGUUGAGCUGAGUGAAAUUAGAAACAGAAGGUGUGUCUGUAUAUAUUAUUAGAACAUAAACUCUAAAAAACUACUUGAAAGAUUAAUUAAUUGUGGCUAUAGGAUAUUUUGUAAAUAAUUAUAUAACACUUUGCUGUUACAUAUUGUGUAUUAUGUUACAUAUUACAUCCUAUUGUAUUAAUGCUACUUUUAAAUUCAAAACUGUCAGUUGCUCUUUUUAUAUAAUGAAUGUCAUAUAAGUUUGUGGCCUAAAUAUCUGUUGCAUAACAUGUUAGAUCUGUGAUUCAGUGCUACAUUAGAGCUACCUCUGCCCAACAGUCCACUAGAAUUCAACAUUCCAAUCGGGAAUUCAAAACUGCUGACUUUUCUUCACACAUAUUUAAAACAUAGAUUAGUUGAAUUCCAGGAAAACGGUGUAUUUUUUUGCAAUUUUAAAUGUAUAGUAUGGUGUGUGUAAUAUGGCUGUAAUAUAUAUUUGCACUCCAACCAAAUGCCCUUGAUGUAUAUAUUUAGGAAGUAUGUAUAAACUGGGAAUUCCUACAUCCUCUGUGUACAGUACAUUUAACCUGGCUCUUGGUCCAAAAGACAUUUAGAUCUGUAGAUUUUACACGACGAAGCAUGAGUUUUCCAAAGUCAUUGGCGGACAGAGAUUAUCGGUACAUGGCAGAGCAAGCGUCACAUUGAACACUCUCUCUACCAGUUAAAAAGGGAAAUUGAGCCCAGUGAAAAAAUAAUACAAAUACUAAGAUUGUUAGUACUAACCCUGUCCCUAACCAUGCAAAUAAUUAUCAAUUUGCAAGUGUUUUUCUAACAACAAUGCCAUUGUUUAGGAUAUUUAUUUAGACCUGACUUAGAAUGCAUUUGAAUUGUAUAUAGUGCCUUUUAAGUGCAAUCUUAAGUACUUUGUAUUUGCAAAUGUAUAUUUCAAUAAAUCAAAUAAUGCCUUAUGUUA